CGGCGUCAGUACCUCCGCUGCCCUCGACGCUGCCGCACGCACCUCGCUCCUCUCGAUCCCUCCCAGAGGGCUGCACAAAUAAUGACUGACACCACCCCCGAAACGCGGCUCCCCAAAUAAGUGAAGGGCGACAACCCUCCGUACGAAAGUUAUGGCCGGAAAACGCGCGCUAUUCCCGACUGACGUGUUAAAAUCCGAUAAUUUAUAGUGAUUUUAUUUGUUUGAGUUUUGUGAAACGGACUUUUGAAGGAUUGCAACAGUUGACGGGUACUGGUAAAAUAGACAUAAAGAAAAAAUAUUCUGUUCAAAAUGAUUCAGGAUAACGAAAAUUCUGCUUUGAAUGAGCAAAUUGCCGCUUUCAAGAGCGACCCGGAGAAACUUCGGGAGGCCACUGAGUUUGUGGACCAACUCAUACAGCAAGCAAAGAAAGAAGCUGAACUUAAACAAAAAGAGAAAGACAGAAGUAAAUUCGAAUCACAAGAUGCAGGUAAUCUGAAGAGGCGAUUGGGCCGAGCGCGAGGCUUCGUGCUGCGGAUGUUUGACGCUCUAUGCAACUGCACCCAGACCGCUGCAGCCGCUGCCCGCACUACGGCCCGAAAUAACCCUUUUACUAAGCGCUAAGCCGAUCACAUGGCACUUUGAACUUGUAGGUCAGACUUCUGUGGGCUUAGUACGAAUUACUUGAGAGGUACGGUAGCUAUUUUUUUGGAUAGUCCUAUACCUCGAUGACUUGCUUUCAGGUAUGGAUGGAAAAUGCAGACAGCAAUAUUUUCCAGCGUAUAAUUUUCAUCUUUUUGGAAAGGAAUAGAGUAGACUAAAAAGUUAACGUACCUACCACAAUACCUUCAUUAAAUAAAUAUUCGUACUAGGCCCUUUGUCUCAAACUUUCGUUAUUUGAUAUCGAGUUUAAAGGUUUGGGUUUGUAUUACAAAGAUUAGAGGUUUAUUGAUUUUUCUUUGCUUUUCUUUGUAUUUAAUUGGAUCCGUGGUAUUCUUUGAAGUUCAGUUCAUUAUGUUUACUUUGGCGGGUUCUUACAACUUUUUAAGAGGCGAGGUAAGGGGCAUGCCUCGGGCUAUGACAAUAUUUGGCCCCAAAGAAACCAUUCUAAUUAUGUUUCUUAAGUUGAUCACAAAACAUUUUCAAGAGACCAAGCCCUUUUAUUACAAAGGAAAAGAAUAAUCACAAAGCUCAAAGAUUUUAAUUAAAAUUAUACUUUCAGGGUUUCUUUCUCACUGUCAAUGGAAUUUACCGAAAGACCCCAAAAGGUAAAUUAAUAAAAACCACUCGAACUUUGUAGAUUUACUUAUAGUAAUAGUAGUGUCAAUAAGUGUUAUUAAUCAAAUAUCAUAGUAUUUAACGUGAUUAUUCGUUUGGUUAUUUUGACAGAAAUAAUCAACAUAUCUUCGACACUGAACCUAGUAUCCAAUGUGACUGUGUAGUUGGUUACCAAACAUGUUAACCCAGUUCAUAAUUAUGUAGAAAUAAAAAAAGUACGUUUUACUUAAGUAUAAUAUCUUCUCUGAGAAUUAAUGAAGUUCAAUGUUCCCGUAAAAACAAAGACCAAGGAAUGUUGAAGUUAAACCGAUCAACUGUCCAGACUUCAAACUUUCUAGCUUACGUAGGUAUUCCUAAAACGGACGACCCUUCAUACUUGGUGCCCUAGGCAAAUGCCCUUUCGACCUUCGUAUCAGGUCGACGGCCGACACAACAGCUAAGAAUUCAUACCCAUUCGAUAUCAAUUUGCAAGCCCGAUUUGCGAAUUAGACAAAAAGUAUUCUAGUAACUUCUAUCCAUAUAAUGUUCACAAUGUAGAAUGACUAUUCUUUUCUUAAAUGGGUGAAUCCAGGAUUACAUUUGAUGACUAUUGUCAAAGGAUUUGCUAACAUUUGGCAAAGUUCUUCGCCGUAUCAACUGUGAUGUAAGAGCUCAUAUUAAGGGAAGGUUUUGCAAGUCCUGGCGUAUCCCACACUGUCCCGUUAUAAACCUUAGUCUUCCUAUUUAGUGUCCCUAAAACGGUGUAACAUGGUGUUAUGUGAUCGGUGUGAUUACGCUUAUAGUUCAUAAGGUGUAUUUUAGUAAUAAAAUUAAAAUAUCUGGACAUUACGCUGUUGGUAUAUUGAAUUGCGAAGGCGCGUGGAAUUGCAUGAUUGAAAAACGACCUACCUACUUUAAAAUUUUCUCUCUAAAGUUUAUGGUAAUGGUGGUAACGGAAAAUUAAUUAAUUGGGAGUGUGGUAAGUAUACUGACUGCACUGUGUAACUGAUGCCUAUUCACUUACAAACGUUCUAUACCCGCAGAACUUAGGGUCAAGCAACUUGAAUGGCCCUAAAAUGAAUUGCUGCCUGUCCUUUCAAAAACUAUGUUAGAAUGAAAAUACUUGAGUAUUAAUUAUAAUAAUAGUGUUUGAGUAAGUAUGCCGCGCCUUCGUAAUUUCUACGUAUUGUAUGUAUUUACUCACCUUUGUACGAUACACAUAUAUUUUGUGUAGACAUUAUCUAUAAUUAUUUUUUUCAUAGAAACUUCACUUUACACUUCGAUUAAAUUAUAAAUUUGUAAAAAAAAGUAUUUUUACCAGCAACACCUGUGUACCUAUAUGUAACUUUUAUAAUUAUCUACGUAUUGUAAUAAAUAAAAAUCAUUUAUAUACCAAAUAUUUUAUACUAUCUACUACUUACAAUGUAAUUUUAUACUCUACUGGGAAUUGGUUACUGUACGUUAAUCUCGAUUUUAAGUUUUAAUAAUUUUGCUGUUAAUUAUUGACGCACAAAACAGCACAAUUUAAUAUGGAAGAUUAGUAUUAUUUUAAAAGAGCUAUUUCAUAAUUCAAAUUUAAUUUAAAACUGCAGUAGUUUUAAGAUUUUUUUAAAUAAAACUUCAAACUAUUAUGAUUGUCGGACUUGAGAGAGAAAAAGUAUUUCAUAGAACGACCUUAAUGGGAUACAGUGUGUAAAAAUAUGUCUUUUAUAAAAAGAUAACAUAAUAUAUAAAAGUUAGUAUAUAUUUUCAUUGUAAAAGUUUCAGUAGUUGAAUGUUCACAAGUAAAUUACUAAGUGUUUAUAAGAUAAAUGUUCAAUGUGAUAUCCUGCCUGUAAUACCUUUACUUCCGGUGUGAUUCUACAGAAAAAAAUAACUUCUUCUAAAAUAUAAACUGAUUUUAUAAAUAA